AUGGUCUCCAUGUCCACGAGACCUCUCACUGAAGGCGAAUGGAAGCCCAACUGGAUGGACAACAUUUUUACCGAAAUCUCGGUGCCCCUACCACCAGAACGGAGUAUCAUCAUUCACACACCUCCCUCUUCUCCAUCAUCUCAAGAACCUCCUGCCAAACGUCUUAAGACUUUUGUGGAUAAAGGUAAGACUAUCAUUGACCUUGACCCCGAACCUAGCCCCUGUUCUAGCCCUGCUCCUGCGCCCGCACCUCUCAACAUUCAGGCGCCCCCUUCCGACGAAGCUGGACCUUCCACUCGACACCCUUCUCCGCCACCGCUAUCCACCUCGAGAUCGCCACCGCCUACCAUUGGUUGGAUUGAUAGCGACCCGGAUGACCUACCACCCUCUCCUCGCCCUCAGCCCAUGAAUGAUUCACCUGAUUCUGAUGGAAUGGAAUCCGACCCUACUGAGGAUUCCUUUCCACCAGAGUUUUAUUUGUAG